AUGCAUUAUUUUAUUUCUGAUGCAUGUGUGGCGAAACUGAGCCUGGGGAGACGUGACUUGGAUUGUGAGUUGCUGGUUUCAACUCUAUCUUCGGGUCAGGUGGCUACCAGUUUAGUCUAUGUUAGGUGUGUGAUUGAAGUGGCAAGUCGCAUAUUCAAAGUGAACCUAGUGUGCUUACCUUUGGAGGGAUUGGACGUUAUACUGGGGAUGGACUGGCUGUCUAACAACCACAUCAUGAUCGACUAUGGACGACGCAGUUUGGUAUUCCCAGAACCUACAGGGUUACAUUUGAUUUCCACUCAGGAGGUAUUGAAGGAACUACAGGGAGAGGCCACAUGUUUUAUGGUGGUGGCCAAACCAGAGAAGAAAAGUGAUUAA